CCGCUUGGGCAUCAAAAAAUUAGUUGUCUCUUGCCAUUGACUACCGUACAUAUUUUUUCCGAAGUAAGGUCCCAUGGUGGUCCACCGGAAGGGAAGGGGAGGGGCUUAGGCUCUCUAUACUCAAAAAAGUUAAGGAUGAGCGGUGGUCAACAGCGAUUGGCUGCGGCCACAAAGGCAGCUCAGUCUCCGCGACCAGAAUCAGCCGGCCCGGUCGAACCAGCGUUGACUCCAGAACAACCAGCGGAGCCCUGGAGACCACAGAGACCUGCAGACCUGGUGAUCCCUGUGACCCCCACAGAUCCCAGCCUCGGUUCCAGCAGUGACGGAGGAGACAUGGCCUGCUCCGACCUCCUGUCUCUCAGGAGCGACUCCUUAUCUCUGACCAGCGAGCCGAACAUCUCCAGGACGAGUGAGGAGGACGACAGCCGGAGCGUCGCUGCUUCCUCUGUCAUGUCUCUGUUCCAGAGGGUGCAGCUGGAUCCUCUGGAGAAGGACUGGUUGAGGAGCUCAGCUCUGGGGAACAUGGCCGCCCAGCGUCACCUGCUCUCUCAGGAGCCCAGCCUCGUGUCCAAGAAGGAUUUCAUCACUGGGACGGCGCUUCACUGGGCAGCCAAGCAGGGCCGUCAGGAGGCGGUGGACAUGAUGCUUCGCUCCGGAGCCGACGUCAACGUCAAAUCGCACGGGGGCUACACAGCGCUCCACCUCGCCUCCAUUCACGGACACCUGCACGUUGUCCAGGCCCUGAUCAACACCUACAAUGCUAAAACCAACGUAAGAGAUUAUCACGGGAAGACGGCGGUUCACUACUGGAGCGGCUGCACAGACGUCUUCAACAAACCAGACUCUCAGUCAGGCGGGGGGUUUUAUCGGGGAAGACGGACGCAGCGUUAUGCUCUUCCUUCUUUACUGCUGACUCGCUCUCGCAGUCAGGGACAGCUCAACCUGGAGUUCGGGCCGGUGCCUCAGUCUGCAUCUCUUGACGUGUUGGACCUUCAAGUAUGAUUCUUAAAUUUCAGCUGGAAACUUUCUUCUGAAAUAUUAUCACCCUCCAUGAUGGCACCGCAUUCAUACUUCGGUGUAGAUACAGAAAAAACUCUUUUGGCUUCUACGUUUUGAGUUCUUCUCGGCCAUCACGAGACCAGCGACCAUCACCUCACAGCCUGCCGCCUGUCAUGUAUUGUGCAGAACUCUCUACCUAAAUAUAAUUUAAAUGGGUGGGUUAUAAAAAAAACAAUCACCCCCUCACACUUGUCAUGAAGGACAACUCUAAAACCAUUUUUUAACCAGGCUGUGAACAUGUUUUUUUCUGCUGUAAAGUUGGGCUUUUUAACAUGGGGGUCAAUGGAGACUCUCUUUUGCAGCCUCAAUUGGCCACUUGAUGAAUUGCAGUUUUUGGGUUGAAAUCUCCAUGAAAAUGUGGUUUGUGUCACGGUCUCAGGGUUCUUGGCGUUUUGGGAGUUUGAUGUUGGUGUUUUUCUGUAUGCCCUUCCUCUUGUGUCUUUCGCUUGUUCCCGCUCCCGCAACAUGUGUAUCCACUCCCGUCCGACGCCAGUCCCCGUGGGCUUUAGCCUCCUCGUUAGCGUUCCAGUCCGGCCCGUGCAGUACAUUCUCAGAAGCAGCCGCAUACACCCACUUCUUUUCAACUUCUUUUGUUUGUUGACUCCAUCUUAUCGGCGCUACUGCGGGACCCGCGAUAUAUUUUUUUAACUGCCUGCUCCCGCAGCAGAGUUAAAACCGCCCGCUCCCGCGCGAUUUGUGUUGGGUCCAAUGGGACCCCAAUCCCAAUGCAGCUCUCUACUUCCCGUCUCUGUGUUGUGAGUUCCAGUAUGUUCAUUCGUUCCUUUUCCUGUCUUACUUUGAAAGCGUUCUUCUUUGUGUGUUUUAAUCUGCUUUUACUUCCAGUUGUUCAGUUUGCACCUUCCCCUGAUUAUGAACCCCUGCGCCUCGUUAGCCUCACCCCUCCUGUGCACAUAAGUCUGUUGUCGUCUCGUGUCUUUUGGUUUCUGGAUUAUACUUUUUGUUUUAUUGUGUUUUGCAUUUAUUCUGUCGUAGUAAAUUCCUCACCUGUUCAUGGAUGGAUUUACUUUGCUUUGCUGUAAGUGUCACUGUUUUUGCUAACAGAAAUAUAUUCUGCUGUUAGUGUCUGCAUCUGGGCCCAAACCCUCUGACCCAUGGCAAAGCACACCAGUUUGCAAAUUGAAUAAACACAGUUAAUAGAAACAAAUAUCACACUAAACCAUAAAAAAAGUAAAUUUAA